AUGAAAUAUUUUCAUACAUUUUCGAAAUCUGAUAAUGAAGAAGUUUUGCCUCUAAUUAAAUAUUUAAUUGAAAAUGAAAACACAACUGUUUAUCAAUAUCGAAUUGGUGGCCAUGUACUUGUUAGUAUUGAUCGAGCACCAGUAAAUUAUAAAGGACGGGGGUGGAUAUGCUAGCAAAAACGGCCCUAUUCGGAAACCAUAGUGAAACUCCUAUUAACUAUACAUAGUUCGAAAAGAAAUUAAUACAAAACGACGAAUCAAUAAAAAUUUCUGCGAAUCUUCCACUUUUUUCCUGCGAGCCAGAUGAUAUCUCUUAUACGGCUUAUACAAGAGCUAUAUACGGGAUAACUUGACUAUAUAGUGCACUUAAAAGUUAUUAUUGAUAACCCAAUUAUAUAUCACUGAAUGCGGCACUAAAUGCUGAA